AUGGCUAUUGCAGCAAAACAGAUUCUUCGACAAAAGAUUCGUCAUAUACUCAAAACGAUGUCUAAUGAAGAUCGUAUCUAUCAAUCGAAUAUAGUUACUAAUUAUCUUCUUCAUCAUCCUAAAUAUCAAUCAUCUCGAUCAAUAUCAAUUUAUGUUAAUAUGAAUACUGAAAUAUCUACUCGUAAUAUAAUUCAACAUGCAUUCCAAUCUCAGAAACGUGUUUUCAUUCCACGCUACUGUUCUAAAUCAAUGAAUAUGGUACGUGUUUAUUCUUUGGAUGAUCUCGAUUCCUUACCUAUGACGAAAUGGAAUAUUCGACAACCAACUUUAGAUGAUCACACUCGAGAAAUAGCAACAAAUAACAUCGAUCUUAUUAUUGUGCCUGGUCUAGGGUUUACAUUAGAUGGCUCUCGUCUUGGCCAUGGAAAAGGUUAUUAUGAUAGAUAUUUAAAUUCAUUAGAUGGAAAUUUCUAUACUAUUGGGCUAGCAUUCCGUGAACAAAUACUUGAAAAGAACAGUAUUCCAAUGAAUUCAGAUGAUAUUCAUUUAAAUGAAGUAUUAGUGUCAAAAGACGAAUAA